CUCAAUUUGACAUGAACCCAUGUGGGAUCGUUCUGCGAGAAUGUAAUUUUAAAAAUACUUUCACGUUACUUGAAAUUAUUAUAGAAUAGGAUUUCCUAUAACUAUUACACGUUACACAAAACCUUGAGCCAGUCUAAGUCUAAUCAAUCUACAAAUCCUUGCGUUGCGUAUCGUGAAGGUGCAAUAUUGUGUGGCAUAUUGCAUCAGCAUUAGCACAUUUCUUCCAAUUUUCAAGAUUUAUUUUACAUUAUUGUGAUUUUAUAGUGUAAAAUGUCCAGUAAGGAGGCCUUAGAGCAACAAAUUAGAGAGCAGGGAGAUUUAGUGAGAAAAUUAAAGGCUGCUAAAGAGAGCAAAGAAAGGGGCACAAAUGGGUUUCCAUUUCAAACUCCCUUAACCAAAGAAACCUAUCCGGCCUUAAACAACUAUCUAUGCAAUCACAGUUACAUGUGUGGAUAUCAACCAACCAAAAUUGAUAAACAAAUUUUUUCGAAUAUAAAAUAUAUAAAAGAAUUAAUCAGUUAUGACCAUUUGAGACGAUGGUACUGGCACAUAGAGUCUUAUUCAGAAGCAGAAAGAACUACAUUUAAAGAUUAUGAUAGAAAUAACCUACAGCUAUUAAUUAAAGCGGUGGUUGACGGUCAGAUUGCCGAAGAAGUAGCAAAAUUACUAGACCUGAAGGCUCAAGCACAGUCCCAAAAUGAGGACGGACCAGCUACUCCGAAUGUCAAUCAAAAAUUCACUCUUAAAACCCCAAAGGGCACAAGAGACUACUCUCCCGAGCAGAUGGCAUUAAGGUUGUCUGUACUUAACAAGAUAGUAUCUGUAUUUAAGAAACAUGGAGCUGAGACUAUUGAUACACCAGUAUUUGAACUUAAGGAAGUCUUGACCGGUAAAUAUGGCGAAGACUCAAAACUAAUCUACGACCUGAAAGACCAAGGAGGCGAAAUCUUAUCCCUUCGUUAUGACUUAACGGUUCCAUUCGCCAGAUACCUGGCUAUGAAUAAAAUUAGCAACAUCAAACGUUACCACAUCGCCAAAGUUUAUAGAAGAGACAAUCCGUCAAUGUCAAGGGGACGGUACAGGGAAUUUUACCAAUGCGAUUUUGAUAUCGCUGGUGCGUACGACCCAAUGAUCCCUGAUGCUGAAUGUGUAAAAAUCGUCUCUGAAAUAUUGGACAGUUUAGAGGUUAGUUCGUACGUUAUUAAAGUGAACCACCGGUUACUAUUGGAUGGAAUGUUUGAGGCUUGUGGAGUACCAAAGUCCAGUUUUAGAUGCAUUUGCUCUGCUGUGGACAAGCUGGAUAAGUCUCCUUGGGAAGAUGUGCGUAAAGAAAUGGUCGAAGAAAAAGGUUUAUCGGAAGAAGUAGCCGAUCGAAUAGGCGAGUUUGUUAAACUUAACGGCAGAGAAGAAUUAGUAGAUAAAUUAUUACAGGACGAACUCCUCUCGAAGAAUAAAUCGGCAGUAGAAGGUUUGGAAGCCAUAAAACUACUGUUGAAAUACUGUGAUAUAUUUAAUAUAUCGAAAAAUGUGUCGUUUGACUUAAGUUUGGCCAGGGGUCUUGACUAUUAUACCGGUGUGAUUUAUGAAGCGGUUUUACUAGGAGGUAAGAUAAUAAAACACAUAAAAAGAGAUACAGGCUUCUCACGCAACUUUUCAGAUGUUAGUAAAGGAGAAGAGGUAUCAGUGGGAUCUGUAGCUGGUGGAGGCAGAUACGAUAAUUUGGUUGGCAUGUUUGACGUGAAAAAUAAGCAAGUUCCGUGUGUUGGAGUUUCUAUUGGAGUUGAAAGAUUAUUUACUGUUCUGGAACAAAAAAUCCACGCGACAAACAGGAAAGUCCGCACAACGGAAGUCGACGUGUACAUUUGCACUGCACAAAAGAAUUUGGUGGAGGAACGGUUGAAACUUUGUAACGAACUUUGGGACGAGGACUUUAAGGUGGAGUAUUCUUACAAGAAAAACCCGAAACUGCUGGCGCAACUACAAUAUUGCGAAGAGAACAGCAUCCCGUUCGCGAUAAUUUUGGGGGAAUCCGAAAUCAAAAGUGGAAUCGUUAAAUUACGAAACGUGAACACGAGGGAAGAAGUUGACGUUAAAAGGGGAUCGCUUUCAGAGGAAUUGAGGCGGAAGCUGGGAGAGCUUAAUUUGAACGGGACCGUUCCCGCGUAGUAUUCGCAUUUCAGUUUAUGCUAUUAUUUUGUCCGAUAUACCGGUGAUCUACCAAAAAAUGCAAACUAUUUAUUUUCUCCAAUAAUGACUUUAUUGUUUCUAGAAUUUAUUUAUGAAAUUAGAUUUCUUUGGUAAGAAUAAAACUUGAAAGUUAAA